AAUGUCGCAGAAGGGUUUAAAGUGGGAACAGAGGUUUUAGCUUAGCUCAUAAAAAGAGAGGUGGUUAUGGCGAAACAAGGUGAUUUGUGGGAUGAUUCUGCUCUCAUCAGUGCCUUUAACAACGCCGUCUCCAAAUACAAGACAAUGCAUGGAAAAAAGGCUAAUGAUGUUUCAAAAGAUAAAGGAGAGCUUGUAAGCGGCAGUGGAAAUCAUGCUGGUAUUGAUGAACAUCAGGAGACUAAAAGACAGGAGAAUGCAGAUGAAAAAAGCAAUCUUCAACCACAAAGUGCUACAGAAGUAGGAGAAACUAGUAAUCCUUCUGAAGUCAAGGAAACUCAUUUUAUAGAUCCACAUAUACCCGAGUCGCAUGCAGAAGUUACUCAGGAUGUCCCAAUGAGCUAUUCAUAUCCACAAGAUGCGCAAGAUUAUAACCAGUUACUCCAACAAUACUAUGAGCUUGAGGAGAAAAGGCAGCAGAUAAUUCAGCAGCUUCAGCAAUAUGGUGGUUGGAAUUAUCAAUAUACCCAUGAAGGUACCAGCACUGGUAUGCAGUGGGAUAACGCUACUACACUUAAUGUCCAAGAACAACAAAGUUGUACUCAAGCUAUGUCCUGCCCAUGUUGCCCAUAUGCGAGUCAAUGCUUUAUCACUCCAUGCACUUCGGUUCCUACUUGUUUCAAGGGUGGAUCAUGUGCUGGUGAAACUUGUAUUGAUGGAUGUGGGGUAGUGGAUCCUAGGAAGAAGUUCCCUCAGCAAGAUAACCACAUAGUUGAAGCAGCAAUAGGAGCGGCUGAAAGAGCGUUAUCUUCCUUGAGGAUAAAAAAUUCUGAUGAUUCUAAUUCAAAUGAAGCUAACAAGGGGAAAGAAACUGAUAGAAAAGAAGGGGGCAAUAUUCAAUCUGCUAGCUCAGAGACUAAUCUUACUGAAGUCUUGAAUGCAUGGUAUUCUGCAGGUGUCUACACUGGAAAGUAUCUCGUGGAGCAAUCUAUUGCAAAGAAACAUCAAAGAUGAGCCUUUAGUAUUUUUUUUUUGGACCAUGUGAGCGGAUUUUAUAGACUUAUAGUGGUUCUUUAGUGAGAUAUAUUUCUGUAUAAUACAGAUUUUUCGCAUCUGGUUUGCAUGACCAACAUGUGAUCUCUUUGGUUAUCAUUGAUUACUUGCAUCUGUCCACACAUUUCGUUAAGAAAACAAAGAAAAAGAGAGAAUUGUGAUGGACUGUAA